AUGUUCGGAAGCCGCGCAUUCUCGUUCUUCUCAUCCUACUUUCCACCCCAAAGACCCUCCAGGGUAUCCUCCGACCGGCCUCGGGGCAGGAUGACCAACCUCACGGCUCUGGCUGUGGCCGUCGGCGUGCCUCUCGGCGCCGGGCAGGCCCUGGGAAUCUGGUCCGCCCCAGACAUCAAGGACUGGUACCCCAAGCUGCAGAAGCCUUCGUGGACCCCUCCCGUCCUCUUCUUCGGCCCGGCAUGGAGUGUCCUGUACACCCUGAUGGGCUUCGCUGCCUACAGGGUGUGGCAGGCCGGUGCUCCUCCCCUGGCCAUGGGGCUGUACACCCUGCAGCUGGUCCUGAACCUGGCCUGGCAACCCCUCAUGUUCAAGGCACACGAUCUGCGUGCUGCGUCUUAUGACAUCACAGCUCUGCUGGUUGUCUUGGCUGCCACCAUCGUCGAGUUCCGCAAGGUGGACCCUGCAGCCAGCACCCUGCUGCUUCCCUACUUUGCUUUCUCGGCCUUUGCCGCUGCACUGACGUACGCUUUCCGCCAGCGCAACCCGCCCAAGGUGGAUUGA